AUGUCUGGUGUAAACGUCAGCGAGUGGCAGUGCCGCACGCGGCUCAGUUCGCAGAAGCGCGCCGGCGGAGCGAGGUCGGCCACCUGCGCGUCCUCGCGAGCGUGUCGUAUCGACGCUGUCGCUGCGCGCGCAGGCUCCCGCGCCCCUCGCGUUCGAUUUUCCGUCCGGGCGACGGUGGCGGCGCGUUGCAUAACUGUGCGGCGGCACUCCGCGCGCGAACCCGCCCCGAGCGCCCGCGAGCGCGUCCCCGCGCACACACGCGCAAGUCGCGCCCUUUACGUAACGCGCGACCACCGCGCUCUCUCGCGACCCGACGACCCCCUGACAGGUUUGGAGUGUUACACGUUCGUUGUGCUUCGUUUUGGCUUUGGCUUCUGGCUUUGUCGGAGACGGAGCGGCGGCGGCGGGCCGGCGGUGGGCCGGCGCAGUAGAAGUGGUAUCGCAGAUGUUGCGCGCGCGUCUCGCCGGCAGAGAGGAGCGCGCGCGGCCUGCUCACAACGCGGCCACCACCCGGCGCGCCCUCUAGACACACAACACUGCACUAUUAUACGGUCGGACAUGAAAAAUCUCGCUCCUUUGCUGGCUGUCCCUAUCAGCGAGUACGUGGUAACUUUCAUCUCUCUACUAGCCGCGGCCACACUGCUUUCGUGGACGACAGAAGGGCGCUCCGCCCGUAGGUGGUCGGCGGGAGAACGCGGGCGCAGAGUGCACUGCCGCGCGCUUUCCCUACCACACACACCCGCCCAUUCACUGUUAGCAGCUAUUGAUAUUGUUUGUGUGGUGUGCAGAAGGGCGCUCCGCCCGUAGGUGGUCGGCGGGAGAACGC